UUAAGUUACAAAGCCUUCAUCUCCCACAUCUGUGUUUUGAAUCUAAUUAUUAAGUUACAAAAGCACUCGACUAAAUAUUUACUCCACACUCUAAAUGACCACAUUUAUUUCUUACGUCCGGAAAUCACCAAACGCUACUAUUCGGAAGCAUUCUCCUCAACAUUGGGUAAGGAUUGAAUCAAGUGAUGUGCUGGUUGAAAUGUUGCCGACGCCUAGAGGAGCAACAAUCGACGAGAAUUGGAAAGGCACAGCUGGAACUGAGGUCAUAGCUCAAAUUAUAUGUACAAAACCCAUCAUACUGUUGUCGCCGUCUUUGUCUAACAAUAUAUAGCGGACCUGAUAUCGGCAGAAGAAGGACCAGGUGUCAAGAGCGAUGAUCAAUCUUUGGAUGUCACUCCCUUUAGCCGGGAAUCGAAAGCUGGCAGCAGCUAUGGUACGUGAGCUGGGUUCCUCAGGCGUAGUGCAUAGAAUUAUUGUUUAUAGUACUACAGAUAAGCUGAUAACACCGGAUAACGAUAAUAAUCUCAAUGCCGGAAACGCUCGUUGUAUUCCGGAUAACAGGCCGCCGGGUAACCACGUAUUAAAGCCGGAAAGCCCACAACCACUUUCUAAUCGCACAGCCGACGAGCAUGACAAUAUUGAUUAUGUCAUUGAUAAGGAAAAGGCUCCGCGGGUUUCCAAACGACAGAGAUCUGACUCUCCUCUCUCUCGAAUAAACUCACACUGCUAUAAAAAGCGACAAAAGCGUUCUCGUUCACCAAUUCCAGAGAACGACAAGGGCGACAGGGCUUCUAGCAUCAACUACGACCUAUAUUGGAUGGCCCGCGAAAUCAUUGGCGAACAUAAUGUUAAUGGUGUAAAACACUACUUAGUGUCGUAUACCAGCUAUUUCAGUCACACCCUUCCCGUUUCGUAAUUCUGGUUUCGUAAGAUUUUGGCAGGAACUGUGGGGUUGAUGGGUAUUGGGUACUGAAGGCCAUGGAGAAUUGAUUAAAUUAUAAGAAGUAGGCUAGCUAUGGUAGUGCUUGAAAUAUACAGGGUUUUG